UAUAGCCUAAACAUUACAAAGCGUAUAUAUGCUUGGGCCCUACUUUAGGGUUUUAGCCAAGCCGCCAAGCUCUUACCAGUCCAUCGGCAACCAAAUCAAAGUUGCAGCGGCGCCUUAUCUCCUCCGUCACUUCCAUAUCCGCCCUCCUCUUCUUCGAUCAGCUCCGGCCGGCAAAGCCAUGGACGCUGGAAUCGAAGACCCGGAGAAGAAGAAGAAGAAGGAAGAGAAGGCAAGAGAGAAAGAAUUGAAAAAGCAAAAAGCGUUAGAGAAAGCUGCCAAGUUCCAGGCACAACAAGCGAAUGCUGCUUUGAAGAAGAGUGAGAAGAAGAGUGUGAAGCGUGGGAAUGAAGAGGAUGAAAAUGCAGCUGAUUUUGUUGAUCCUCCGACUCCGGUUGGACAGAAGAAGCAGAUGUCUAAGCAGAUGGCCAAACAGUACAGUCCAAGUGCUGUCGAGAAGGGGUGGUAUCAGUGGUGGGAGGAAGUGGGGUAUUUUGUGCCAGAUGCUGAGAGCUCUAAACCUCCGUUUGUGAUUGUUUUGCCGCCUCCCAAUGUGACUGGCGCGCUUCAUAUAGGCCAUGCCCUUACUGCUGCUAUUGAGGACACUAUGAUUCGUUGGCGAAGAAUGUCGGGUUACAAUGCCUUGUGGGUGCCUGGAAUGGACCAUGCUGGGAUUGCAACUCAGGUUGUUGUAGAAAAGAAGCUGAUGCGUGAACGCAAUUUAACCCGACAUGAUAUUGGUCGCGACGAGUUUGUGUCUGAAGUUUGGAAAUGGAAAAAUAAUUACGGGGGCACUAUACUACAGCAGCUACGUCGUCUGGGUGCUUCAUUGGAUUGGUCCCGUGAGUGCUUUACAAUGGAUGAGAAGAGGUCAAAUGCUGUGACGGAGGCUUUUGUGAGGCUUCAUAAGCAAGGGCUUAUCUACAGGGAUAACCGCCUAGUGAAUUGGGAUUGUGUCUUGCGAACAGCAAUAUCUGAAAUUGAGGUGGACUAUAUAGAUAUAAAAGAAAGAACAUCUCUUGAGGUUCCUGGAUACAAGAACCGUGUUGAAUUUGGCGUUUUAACAUCAUUUGCAUACCCUCUGGAAGACAAUUUGGGUGAGAUAGUUGUGGCAACCACCAGAGUGGAAACUAUGCUCGGUGAUACUGCUAUUGCUGUACAUCCAGAUGAUGACAGAUAUAAGCAUCUUCAUGGAAAGCAUGCCAUUCAUCCAUUUAAUGGAAGAAGGAUUCGUAUAAUCUGUGAUGCAAUUCUCGUUGAUCCAGAGUUUGGGACUGGUGCUGUGAAGAUUACUCCGGCCCAUGAUCCUAAUGACUUUAACGUCGGAAAGCGCCAUAAUCUGGACUUUAUAAAUGUCUUCACUGAUGAUGGAAAAAUAAACCAGGAUGGUGGAGAGUUUGCAGGGAUGCCACGCUUCAAAGCCCGGGAGGCAGUUACUGAAGCAUUAAAGAAGAAGGGCCUCUUUAAAGAAGCAACGACAAAUGAGAUGCGUCUAGGUAUAUGCUCUAGAAGCAAGGAUGUUGUUGAACCCAUGAUAAAGCCCCAGUGGUAUGUCAAAUGUAGUGGUAUGGCCAAGGGAGCCCUUGAUGCUGCUGUAGAUGAUGAUAAUAGAAAGCUUGACAUCAUUCCGAGACAGUAUAAUGCUGAUUGGAAGAGAUGGCUUGAGAACAUUCGUGAUUGGUGCGUCUCACGGCAACUUUGGUGGGGUCACCGCAUUCCUGCAUGGUAUGCCGUUUUGGAUGGUGACAAGCCAGAAGAUUUUGGAUCAUUAGAUGACCGAUGGGUGGUUGCAAGAAAUGAGGAAGAGGCUAAAGCACUGGCUGGUCAAAGAUAUGAGGGAAAGGAGGUUAAACUAGAACAGGAUCCUGAUGUGCUUGACACGUGGUUUUCUUCUGGUCUCUUCCCAUUGUCCGUGUUGGGUUGGCCGGAAGAUACAGAAGAUUUGAGAGCUUUCUAUCCAACUUCAGUUCUUGAAACUGGGCAUGACAUUCUCUUUUUCUGGGUCGCUCGUAUGGUAAUGCUUGGAAGUACAUUGGGUGGUAAUGUACCUUUCACAAAGGUGUAUUUGCAUCCAAUGAUUCGUGAUGCGCAUGGGCGUAAAAUGUCCAAGUCCUUGGGGAAUGUCAUUGAUCCUCUUGAUGUGAUCAAUGGUAUUUCGCUGGAAGAUCUACACAAGAAGCUUUCAGAGGGAAAUUUGGACCCGAGGGAAAUAGCUAUAGCCAAAGAAGGCCAAAAAAAGGAUUUUCCUGAUGGUAUUGCUGAAUGUGGUUCUGAUGCGCUACAUUUUGCUCUGGUCUCAUACACUGCUCAGUCUGAUAAGAUAAAUCUGGAUAUCCAAAGGGUUGUCGGUUACCGGCAGUGGUGUAAUAAACUUUGGAACGCCGUACGAUUUGCUAUGAGCAAACUUGGGGAUGAUUAUGUUCCGCCAUCAACAGUAAUCCCGGAUGUGCUUCCAUUUAGUUGCCGGUGGAUACUCUCGGUACUUAAUAAAGCCAUCUCCAAAACUAUUUUGUCAUUGGAAUCGUACGAGUUUUCAGAUGCAGCCACUGCAGUGUAUGCUUGGUGGCAGUACCAAUUGUGUGAUGUGUUCAUUGAAGCCAUAAAACCCUACUUUGCUGGAAACAAUCCAAAGUUUGCAUCUGAAAGGGGUUUUGCACAAGACACGCUCUGGUUGUGUCUGGAUACUGGACUACGGCUGCUUCACCCAUUUAUGCCUUUCGUUACUGAAGAACUAUGGCAGCGUCUCCCAUCAUCCAAGCAUCACAAUAGGGCAGCAUCAAUUAUGAUAUGCGACUACCCAUCCAUCGUGGAGUGCUGGACAAAUGAAAGGGUGGAGUCUGAAAUGAGUCUUAUUGACUCUAUUGUUAGAUCUCUCCGGUCACUGUCUCAAGAGAGUCGUGAAAGACGACCAGCUUUUGUGCUGUGUCGAUCAAUGUCAGAUCGAGAGAUAAUAUGUAGACAACAACUAGAGAUUGAAACUCUUGCCAAUCUGUCAUCUCUGACGGUAAUCAGUGAGAAUGAAGCUGCCCCAACUGGAUGUGCUGUGUCUGUUGUAAACGAAAACCUAUCUGUUUAUCUGAAGGUUCUAGGAUCUCGUUCUGCAGAAAUAGAUCUUGAAAAGAUCCGGAAAAAGAUGGAAGACAUUAAAUUGCAACAGGAGAAGAUUACGAAGGUGAUGAAUGCUGCUGGUUACAAAGAAAAGGUCCCCGAGAAGAUUCAAAAAGCUAAUGCUGAUAAACUUGAAUCCCUCGAGAAGGAAAAACUGUCUCUUGAAGAGGCAAGCCAACAUAUGGAAGUGCAGAUAUCAAACAAUAAACAAGAUUGACUUUCAAUUUAUUGUACAACCAACUUUGCAGACUCAUAGAAAAAUGAAAGGCUUUUAGAUUCUGUAUUCAUUGUUUUUGGUAUUGAGGCUGUGGAUGCUAAUGUUUUAAACAAGUUGACAUUUGCUUUUUCUACAAGGAACCUGCUGCUUGACAUGAAUUACAGGAGCACAGGACAUUGUUGUACUA